AUGGCUCAAUUAAGUGUUAAGUUUUUAGCUUUGUUUUUGGUCACUUUGACUUUGGCUACUAUUAUUUCUGCCAGGGCAUUCAGGACACACAAAAUUGAAGUUGGAUCGAAUGGAAAUUCUUUUUCUCCGGAAAAGGUUACUGUAAGAGUGGGUGAUAGGGUCAGAUUCACAGUUACCAACGGUUUUCACAGCGUUAUUCUAUCAGAUGAACCUGGAACCUGCAAUAAAUCUACAAAACUGAAUAAUUCUGAAAUCAUUAAACAAACUGCUGUUGCUGGUACAGAAGGUACAUUUGUGAUCAAUAAAGAUACACCGUCAGUACUCGGAUUUUUCUGUGAUAAAAAAGUAAUGAAAUCAUGA